AUGGAUUCCACGACGGGAGCACCUGACGAACGAUCUUCAUUGCUGUCAUAUCCCGACGGAGGUGCUGGCUACGUCGAUGCUGUAUUGACGCGAAGUACAAGCAAAGCGGAUGACGGCUCGACACUCAACGAAUUCUCGAAAAAGUCUAUUCCUAGGUCCUCGUUUCUGCAAUCUGUAUUCAAUUCUACCAAUAUCUUGCUGGGCAUUGGAAUUUUGGCAAUGCCUUUAGGUUUCAGGCUUGCUGGCUGGGUUAUAGGCAUUGUUGUGUUUGUAUUUUGUUUUGGCGUGACCAACUACACUGCAAAAAUACUGGCAGAAUGUCUGGAUCAGAAACAAGGAUCACAAACAUACGGCGAUAUUGGCGCUGCUGCAUUUGGAACAAAGGGCCGUGUCAUGGUAUCUGCAUUCUUCGUAGUGGAGCUCAUUGCAGUAAGCGUGGCAUUGGUCGUAUUCAUGAGCGACGAAAUCAAUGCUCUGUUCCCCGGCCUGAAUCCCAUUUUCCUUAAUGUGGCAUCCUUCUGCGUUUUGACGCCCAUGUUGUUUGUACCUGUACGCCACCUGUCCUACGCAAGCUUACUUGGUAUUGUGAUUGCCUUGAGUAUUCUUUUCAUCUUGCUAUUUGACGGGUUUUCAAAACCAGACGCACCUGGCAGCUUAAUCGAGCCAGCAGAAACCGAAUUGUUCCCAUCCGAUUGGACUGCAGUCCCACUAAGUUUCGGCUUGAUCAUGGCUGGCUUUGCUGGACAUUCUGUCUUCCCCACCAUCUAUCGCGACAUGGAGGAUCCGAAGGAUUACAAAGCAGUCGUCGACUGGACCUAUGUGUGUACAGCCAUUGUCUACUUUUUCAUUGCUGCUGCCGGAUACAUGAUGUUUGGUCUAGAUACCCUUGAAGAGAUCACCCAAAACCUUAUAUCCAUUCCAGAAUACAACCGAGUCGUGAAUCUGUUUGUUCUGUGGCUGAUGGCACUGAACCCUGUCGCAAAAUACGGUUUAUCCAUGGCACCUGUGAACCUGACAUGGCAGAUAGCCCUGUUGAGACACCCAAGCAUUGAAGUAUGGUGUGCUGGCUCUCAGUGGCGUGUACGGAUGAUUACAGUGACUGGUACAGUGAUGGUAAGCGCUAUGAUUGUACUGAUCGCCUAUGUGGUACCUGGCUUUGACAAGGUAAUGGGAUUGCUCGGUGCGUUGUUCGCAUUCAUCAUCAGUGCAUUGUUCCCACUUGCCUGUCAUUUGAAACUUUUCCAGCACACCAUGUCUAUGCCACGGAAAGUAAUGAGUUAUUUCUUGAUCGUUAUAUCCUUGUUUAUGGCUAUCACUGGCACCUGGAAGAGUUUCUUUUAG